AUGUACAAGGACAGCAGGGUUUCGGACACCCGCAUACCCCGCGCAGCCCACCCACGCUUCGCCCUGGAGGCCUUCGAGUGCCUGGCCGCGAGCCACGCGGGCCACCUGUGGGAGCAGUUGCGGCAGUUCUGGGCCGACCACUUCUCGCGCCGCUUCUCGCCGCGGAGGCCGCCGCUGCGCCGCAUGUCAUCCAUAUCCACCUUCUACCUGCUGGACCACCGCACGCGCCAGGCCGAGCUGGGGCUGAACUAUGGCGCGCCGCGCACCCGACUGAGCGACGAGACCUUUGUGUUCCUCGACGGCCGCUGGACCACGGAGGGGCAGCAAGCACGCGCGCGGUCGCCGCUGCCCUCGCCCGCCAGCCCAGCCUGGAAGCCCCCGGUGCAGCCGAUCAAGAGCCAGGUGCUGCUGGAGGAGAACAACUACCUGAAGUUGCAGCAAGAACUGCUCAUGGACAUGCUGACCGAGACCACCGCGCGCCUGCACCUGCUGGAGAAGAAGGUGGACGCGGACGUAGACCCCGCCGUCGCGGCGCGCGCCUGGCAGAGGAAGAUACGCAAGCACGAGGGCGCGAGCGUGCUUGUGAUCCAGCCGCGCGCUCUAGGGUCCCGGUGA